CGCUAUUGCUUAAGUUCCAAAAUUUCAGCUCAUAUUUCUCUCUCUACUGGGGCCUGAGGCGAAGGCUUAAUUAAGCUAAAAAAAUGACUCUGUCUCCUUCUCCGAAUGGACAAGCAGAAAAGGGUAGCAGAAUCUUGAUCAUCGGAGCUACAGGUUUUAUUGGUCACUUUAUUGCACAAGCAAGUCUUGCUUCCGGUAAGUCAACCUAUAUUCUCAGCCGGGCGGCUGCCCCUUGCCCUUCUAAGGCCAGAGCCAUCAAAGCUUUGGAGGAUCAAGGAGCCAUUAGUAUUCAUGGUUCUGUCAAUGACCAAGAAUUCAUGGAAAAGACUUUGAAAGAGCAUGAGAUAGACAUAGUUAUAUCAGCUGUCGGUGGAGGCAAUUUACUAGAGCAAGUUAUCCUCAUCCGUGCCAUGAAGGCUGUUGGUACUAUUAAGAGAUUCUUGCCCUCCGAGUUUGGGCAUGAUGUGGACAGAGCGGAGCCAGUGGAGCCAGGGCUGACCAUGUACAAUGAAAAACGAAGAGUCCGAAGGUUGAUUGAGGAAUCAGGAGUACCAUAUACUUACAUUUGCUGCAACUCAAUUGCCUCGUGGCCCUAUUAUGAUAAUACCCACCCUUCUGAGGUUUCGCCACCAUUGGAUCAGUUCCAAAUUUAUGGCGACGGCAGCGUCAAGGCUUACUUUGUAGCCGGAGCAGAUAUUGGAAAAUUUACUGUCAAAGCAACAGAGGAUGUUCGGACCCUGAACAAAAUCGUUCAUUUCCGGCCCUCAUGCAAUUUUCUCAACAUCAAUGAACUGGCUACUUUGUGGGAGAAGAAAAUUGGACGUACCCUUCCUAGAGUUGUUGUAUCCGAAGAUGACCUGCUUGCUGCAGCAGAAGAGAAUAUAAUCCCACAAAGCGUGGUUGCAUCAUUCACCCAUGACAUUUUCAUAAAGGGCUGCCAAGUAAACUUCCCUGUGGACGGACCUAAUGAAAUUGAAGUCAGUAGCCUGUAUCCAGAUGAGCCCUUUCAAACCAUGGAUGAAUGCUUCAAUGAAUUUGCAGGCAAAAUAGAAGAAGACAAGAAGCAUGUUGUUGGCACUAAGGGGAAGAAUAUUGCACAUCGCCUAGUUGACGUUCUUACCGCCCCCAAACUCUGCGCUUGACUGCAUUACAUAGCAUGAAAAAGAGACAAUCUUGAAUUUGAGCACCAAAUGUCCUUGCUCUUUCCCUUCUUUUUCUUCCGAUGUCGAACCCCCCCGGCCCGCCCGCCCGCCUUCUCUUCCUUGGAUUCUCAGUAGUUUGUGAAGGGUAAGGUCUUUUAUCUUUUCUGUCGUACACUAGAUGAAAAUAAUGAACUUUCUUGUCUUAUAUUUAUGAGUUUGUGAGGGUAAGAUCUUUUCUGUGGUACGCUAGAUGGUUUGGGAGUUUCUACUGCUAGAUUAGUGAGUCUGUAACGGGCCUUGGGGCCUCCACAUUGCCAGAAAGAAAAUUUGUAUGAGAUGAUGAAAAUAAAAAUGGCCUCCUAUUACUAUCA